AUGGCUAUGAAUGUGGAAAACAAAACGGCUAUUAUCACCGGCGCUGGCUCGGGGAUUAACUUUUGCUAUGCGAAGCUUCUGUUGGGCAAAGGCUGUAAUGUAGUCAUUGCAGACCUCAUGCUACGGCCAGAAGCGCAAGCGCUGAUUUCGGAAUACCCGUUGGAAUCGAAAGGCGCGAAAGCUGUUUUCCAGAAAACAGAUGUUGCGGACUGGGCGCAGUUGGAGACGAUGUUUGAAAUCGCAACGAAGCAUUUCGGGGGCGCGGAUAUUGUGUGUCCUGGAGCUGGAAUUUACGAGCCACUCUGGUCCAAUUUUUGGAUUCCUCCGGGAACAGGGACCUCGAGAGAUACAAUUGAAGGGUCGAGAUACGCGAUAUUGGACAUCAACGUCACGCAUCCAAUCCGAGUGACACAGAUGGCCAUCUCGCAUUUUCUGAAGAGGAAUAAGCCAGGCGUUAUAGUGCAUAUCUCUUCAGUCGGUGGACAAGCACCGAAUUUCCCAACGCCUGUAUAUGUUGCCACCAAACAUGCGAUCAAUGGCCUUGUGCGAUCCCUGGACCGGCUUGAGGACCCCCCGGCGCACCUCCCCAAGAUUAGAGUCAAUGCUGUAGCGCCCGCAAGGAUUUUGACGCCGCUGUGGACUGAUAACGCGGAGAAGAUGGCAAUGGUGAUGAAGAAUAACCCGGGCUGGGUGACGCCGGAAGAUGUGGCGUUGGUGAUGCUGGACCUGGUGGAGAAGGAGGAGCAUGUUGGAGGGACGAUUCUUGAGGUUGGUGCUACGGUUGGCCGGGUCGAAACGUUCAAUGACGGGGGUCCUGCGAGUCGUGGUAAUGGGGUGAAGAAUGAUCCGGGGUACGAGAAGGAUAUGUGGGCUAUGAUGGAGAAGAUUGCGGCGGAGAAGUAG